UUUAAUGGAGAAACAUCUUUAAUGCCAGGGUUGAGAGGGCUAUAUUCUGACGACGAUUCAAUGCCAAGAUAUGCGCAACAACAGACUGUUAUAAUGGCGGAAUACUUGAAGUGAAAAUUAUGUUGUUCUGUAAUUCUCCAUAAUGAAGUCCGGGUGAGGGUUUGUGAGCUAAUAAAAAUUGGACCUAAGCAAUAACAGGAAUCAUGGUGACUAAGAAAAUCCGUACGGAGUACAUGAAGAAAUUCAAAGAGCCGAAAUGGGAGACGUUUUCCAAGUGCUACGAGGACUCAGUGAAGUACAGGUUGACAAGGCGGGUGAUGGAGCACGCUCACAAACCUCUGUGGUUCUGGGAGGGGUGGGAUACCUCAACCGGGUCAGACUCCAGCGCCAGUGGGCGGUCGACCCCCAAGGUGAGGAAUAAAGUGGCGCUUUUAGACAUCAAACUUCAGACACCACCAGUGAAGUCAGAAUCAAGGGAGAGCCCGGAACCGAAGCCUCCUUCUGUGAAUGGGGAACCAGAAUUGGAGGCCAAGGAGUUUACCCUCUUGGAUGCACUACCACCCACAGAGUCUGUAAUAGAGAACGGGGGCCUAAACGAACCAGAUGAGGGGACAGUUAACGGGUCAGUAGUACAAAAUGGUCCAGCGGCUGAAACGUCAACAGAUGAGGGACCAGCAGACAAGGCGUCAUCAGACGAGGAGCCGGUGAAGACUGAGCCUAAGCGUCGCCACCGCCAUUGUGUCCCUCACCCAGAACCAUGUCAAAGGGACUGUUCCUGUGACGACAUCAAGCCUGCGCCUGUCAGGAAGCCCUCCAGAGCAAAGAGCCAGCCCCCAGCCAUCACCACAGAGAAGGAGAACAGACAACCUUCGUCCCGGCUCGACUGGGCAGAGAGACAUGCGUCAUCUGCUAGGAGGUCUACAAAUGAGAGUCGCACAUCCGACGCAUGCGUCCAGACCAGACGGGAGUCGGAUAAACGCUGUUGGAACGUGGACCGCAGGAGGGCACGGUCCGCCGACCUGGAGAAGAUACGGCGGUCGGAGUUGGCCGUGGUGGAUGACCGUUGGAUGACCGAGUACAUGCGCUGCUUCUCUGCCCGGUUGAGGUAGAGCACAAGGAUCAUGGGUAUUCCACCACCACCACCACCCGUCGACCAUUCUAUUUUUAACACCAUGUUUCCUUAUUGAGGAUUGGUUAACAGAACAAAAUUAUUGGAUUGGUUUAGACACCAAUUAGGGCCCUGAGGCCACGUAACCUGACUAGGAAGAACUCAGGGCCCUAAUCAUAAGGUAUGGUUGAUUUGUUAAGGUGAUCGCUGAGUUGGCGAUAUGCCACUUUUCUUCCACAAGGGAUGACACAAUCAUAGUAGAAUAUUGCAAGAUAUGUAGUUAUGCCUCUAGAAAUUGGACUGGUUUGUACAUUUUUAUGCUGCUGACCACAGAGUAUGAUUUGUACUGUAUUAUUAGACAUUCCAAGCAUGAUGAUGGUCUUUACACUUCGCUUUAUUUUGGUGGCAUCUUUGACAUUCUGUGUUGCUUAUGUCAUUUCAGGCUAUAUCACAAAGGCAGCUGCAUGAAAUCCAAAAGUUAGAUCAGGGGUAUUCAACCGGGAGUACUGCAGGGGGUCCGCAAUAAUAUAUAUACAAAAAGCUACAGUAGAAAAUAGGAGAAUAGGGGGCCUCCUGGGUGGCGCAGUGGUCUAAGGCACUGCAUCGCAGUGCUAGCUGUGCCACCAGAGACUCUGGGUUUGAGCCCAGGGUCUGUCGCAGCCGGAUGUGACUGGGAGGCCCAUGGGGCGGUGCACAAUUGGCCUAGCGUUGUCCGGGUUAGGGAGGGUUUGGCCGGCAGGGAUAUCCUUGUCUCAUUGUGCACUAGCAACUCCUGUGGCGGGCAGUGUGCACUGACCUGGUCGCUAGGUGUACGGUGUUUCCUCCAACACAUUGGUGUGGCUGGCUUCCGAGUUGGAUGCGUGCUGUGUUAAGAAGCAGUGUGGCUUGGUUGGGUUGUGUUUCGGAGGACACAUGGCUCUCGUCCUUCGCCUCUCCCAAGUCCGUGCGGGAGUUGUAGCGAUGAGACAAGACAGUAACUACUAACAAUUGGAUUUGUAUUUUUAACUUUAUUUCUCUAUUCCUAAUAUUGAGCUAGUUACACUCAUUCGAUCUAAUUACACUCAUUGGAGCUAAUUACACUCACUGCUGGUAAGCUUUCUUGUCUUGGACAUUUAAUUUUGUGAACACAUUCAUCCCUAAUUUUUUUCGAGUUACCUUUCUAGCUAAUAGGCAAUGUUACACUUCCUCUUCCAAUUUAAAUGGGGGGAGGUCAAAAUAAUGAAAAACUAUCUACCAAAUCUAUUCAUUUAAAAAUGUUGAUUAAUUCUCCUUGCCAUUCACCUGAUGAUAAGACAAGACAAGCGGGGGGAAAAAGGAAGCGUAUGAUGGGGGUCCCUGGGUCGCCGGUUUACCUGGGCGGGGGUCCCUGGGGAAGAAUUUAAAUGUUUUAUUUAACUAGGCAAGUCAGUUAAGAACAAAUUCUUAUUUACAAUGACAGCCUACCCCGCCAAACCAAUUGUGCGCCGCCCUAUGGGACUCCCAAUCACGGCCGGAUGUGAUACAGCCUGGAUUUGAACCAGGGAAUGUAGUGACACCUCUUGCAUUGAGAUGCAGUGCCUUAAACUGCUGUGCCACUCGGGAGCAAGGUUGAAAACCCCUGAGUUAGAUGAAAGGACCAAACAAUUAUUGUUUUAGAUAUUACAGUAUUUACAAACUACUAAAAGCCAUAGCCAAGGAGUUGUGACAUAGAGCUGCAGAGAAAGAAACUGUUAGCGGGCUAAUAUCCUGCAUUAGCUUUAUUGUAUUUUGUUGCAAAUCUAAAUCAAGAGUGCAUUCCAGAGGAUGGUUUUAUUAAUAUUUUAAUUAAAGCUCUUAUCAACAGUACCAUGGAAAUUGUUGUAAAGUUGGAGAAAGAUACUGUUAGACAUUGUAUGACAUAGUUAUUGCGCUCACACCUGUAUGUUUUUUCUUUACAUCUUGGCUAGCCUCGUACGAACCAUCCUGAUCUCGCGAGCUCACAUUCUGUUUCGCUACAAGGAUACAGAAUGUGAGCUUGCGAGAUCAGGAUGGUUCGUACGAGGCCACAUCUUGGCAGCUUCGCCCUCUAAUUUAGGGUCGUCUUAUAUUUUACAAUCACAAACACUCACCGCCUCAGUAUUGUAGUGGACAGAAUGAAAUUGCAAUGUAAUGUGGUAAAGAAAUGCCCUUCCUUAUGUGCUACAUUACCAAAUACACUUUUUAGAGUAUGUCACUCACCAUCACAUUUGUCUUUGACAGGGUUACGUAGAUUGACUUAUCUGACAGUUAUUCAUACUGAAUUGUGAUGUCAGUACCAAGUUCUGUAUCUGUAAUUUAAAUUGAGGGCUAUUUUGACAGAAAUUAAGUGUUAUAUUUGAAAGCUUGGUUGUUUGUCGGUUGUGAAUAAUGCUCAGUUUACAUACCUUUCCUAUUUUUUACAAUGCUUAUUCAUCGUGCUAUUCACUCAGAAUGUUUUUACUCACCAAAUCAUUCACUUUCACCUUUGUCGUAGCUUAGGAAUGGUUCCUUGAAAGAACGUUGGAACGACGUUUCCAGACCGUCUCACGGGGAACAUUGUAGGACACCAGCAGUUUUUUGGAGUGUUGAAAUGGGCGUGGCUUUAAUUGACUAAUGCGUGUACAAUCUGAUGAGAUUUCCCUUGUGUCUGCCAGAGGGGAGUCUUUAGUGUGUGUGAUUGGUUGUGGUUGUAUGGGCAGAGAGAGCUCACUGUUAAGAAGAUUAGACUGGCAUUAUCUUACGGUCAUCUUUAUUCAGAGUGGUCAAAGAUCCAUUGCUGGUCAUGUGACACUUCCCUCCUAUGUCAUCAUGGAUUGGCAAAACAUCCGAGUCAUUCUUUACUUGAACAUUGCAUUAUUUAUAAGAAGUUAUAGGAGUUAAUGUCAGGUUAUGACCUAGUCAUGAAAUCUGAAGUGGCUGCUUAUAUCACACACAGGUUUGACUAGUGUCUGUGUAUUCAUUGUCCUCGACAACAUUCCUUUAUGAAUAUGUUCAUUCCAAGAACCAUCUCUCAGGAAGGAAUAAGAGACACUAAUGAUUUGUCUAUAGUCUUACUGUAACUACAAUGUGAGGAAAUGUGAUGUACUGUUUCAUGGGUUUGGAACACACUGAUUCAAAACUAAAUUGAUUGUUUUAUAUAGGACAUUAAUUGUUUGCGCUCUCUGAACAACGAUUUGAGUUAUUUUUAUGUGUGGAUUUGAUUUGCAUAAGAUAUUAUUUGACCAAAAGUGAUAUGUGUAUCAUACCAUGGUACAUAUAACCAUGUUUGUGUUUUAUUUCAACAGAUGUUUACAUUUUUGAUCACUGUAUUUGUAUUUGAAAACAUGCACAAUUAUAUAUAUUUUCAUCCACUUUGAAACAUUGCUGUGAAUUAAAAUCAUAUUUGCAUA